CAGCUCAUCACCCACGGACACCCCUGCCCUCCCCCCAGAGACAGCCUGGCGCUGAGCGAGAACCGGGCAAGAUGGCACUGAGCCCUGAGGCAGCUGGCAGGUUCCCAGGCCUGGCCCCGACAGGCAGCACUGCUCUUGAGCUACCCAGCAGCCCCAGCGUGCCUCCCAACAGCUCGUGGGCAAACCCCACAGCACCCAGCAGCUCCCUGGAGGACCUGGUGGCCACAGGCACCCUGGGGGCAGUGCUCUCGGCCAUGGGCCUGGUGGGCAUGGCUGGCAACGUCUACACGCUGGUGGUCAUGUGCCGCUGCCUGCGUGCCUCGGGUCCCCUAUACGCCUACGUGGUCAACCUGGCGCUGGCUGACCUGCUAUACCUGGUCAGCAUCCCCUUCGUGGUGAGCACCUAUGUUGUCAAGGACUGGCGCUUCGGGGACGUAGGCUGCCGAGUCCUCUUCAGCCUGGACUUCCUGACCAUGCACGCCAGCAUCUUCACGCUGACAGCCAUGAGCAGUGAGCGCUGCGCAGCCGUGCUGAGGCCGCUGGACACGGUGGGGCGCUCUGGGGGCUACCGCAAGGUCCUGGUGCUGGGCACCUGGCUGCUGGCCCUGCUGCUGACGCUGCCCAUGAUGCUGGCCAUCCAGCAGGUGCCCAGGGGCCCCAAGAGGCUCUGCCUGCCCUCCUGGGGCCCACGCGCCCACCGCACCUACCUGACACUGCUGUUCGCCACCAGCAUGGUGGGCCCGGGCGUGGUCAUCGGGCUGCUGUACGCCCGCCUGGCUCGGGCCUACUGGUGCGCGGGGCAGGCAUGCCUGGGGCCGGGGCGUCGGCUGCCCAGGGCCCGCGUGCUCUACCUCAUCCUCAGCAUCGUGCUGCUCUUCUGGCUCUGCUUCCUGCCCUUCUGGCUGUGGCAGCUGCUGGCCCAGUGUGUUCAGCCCUCAGCCUUCCCCCAGAAGUUUCUAGAUCCCAGGACAUGA